AUGAAGUCGUUAGCAUAUCGACUACGUGGUUGUCGUACUAGUCGAAGAGACGAUGAGGACGACGUUGAGCGGAGUUUUCGCUUUGAAGAGACGGUCAAGAAUGAAAACAGCAGCAAACGAAGUCGUGUCGAAAGAAGUGGAGGAAAAGCAGGGACCGACGACAAUUGGAGAAAGAAUCGAGAUAUUAAUAAGAAGACGGGUAGCUGCUGCAAGACACUUGGGACACUGGCCACUCAGUCUUGCGCUGAUGAUGAACCGCCGUCGAUUAUCAACUCUUUUAACUCGUUACCACUGUCAGAGCAGCAUAAAUUCAAGUCAAAGAGAAGAACGGCUAGUGCUCCCAUUAUGGCGCGAACCCAGAGUCCACAGCAGCAAAGGAUGAUGGCCAGAGCUCACUCUUCUUCGAAAGUGAACUCAGAUUCUAAGGCAGCUGUAACGUUGCGGUCGAACAAUGGACCGACGGAUGACCAACGGAUUGGCAGGACCGACUUGUCUUCCAGCAGCUCUGUUGGACGCACUGUUGGACGCAAUGUCGGACGAUCACGAGAUGAAAGUUCCAUGUGCUCUAGUUCGGUCUUUUCUUCAGCCAGCAGCCAGAAACCUGAAGUGGCGGUGGAUGUGCGAUACAGUGGCAUUCUUAUGAUCAAACGCGGACUACUUAAGGUGGCGUGUAAGCGCUAUUAUUUCGUAGCAUGUAGUAACCCGGAGCUAUACUCGUGUAAAGAUGAGACGUCGUUCAAUUUGUGGUUGGCAUCGGGACACCCGCUUGGAGGGGGAGACGCCGUCGCUAGAGCUAGUGGACUGAUUCCUGUGCUUAUGGGCACCGUGUUGCGUGCGGACGCACCAUCCGAAGAUGGAGGUAGUAAUGGUGGCUGUCACCUGGAGAAGACGUUACACGUGAUGAUCGGAUCGUCGUCCAAGUGCUUUACGCUACGGUUUACAGCUGAAAGUAGUAGAAAGGCGACGCAGUGGCUUAAAGCUCUUCAAGAGGUGCAGAUCACGAAACGCAAUGGAACCGAACACUCGAGCAAAUCGGGUUAUGGUGCAGACACACGACUUUUGCUUCCUCUCGACGAGCACAAUGCGCUAUGUGGAGCCGACUCGGUACAGGCUUCAGACAAAUCGGCGAUAGAGCAAAGUGAAAAUGAUAUAGAAAGCAUGUCUGGAGAAGCGAUUGAUAGUGAUGACCGCGAGCCUGUUGUAAUGAGGCCUGCUCCGACAUCAGAUGCGAAGCUGCUGUGCGCUUACCCAGGUAGCAAACUGCAGUGCAAGACCCUUUCUGUCGACGAUGACGAUGGUACGGCUGUACCGACACCCACCUCGCACUCUGGUCGCUCGCCGACUUCAGCAAUGUCAGAGCAUGGAAGCCAUCCUGUUUGUGCAAAAACCGCCACAACAUCUCCUGCAUCAGCUCAAUCUCCAAUUUCACGAUUUCAUCGAAUCGACUCGGUGUCAUCAUGCUCAUCUACAGCUUCAGGUCAAUCACAAGGUAGCACGAACGGCAAAGUGCUCCUUUUUGUACCAGUGGCAGGGUCUUCCCUUACGGCAUCAGCAUCUAGGAUGGAAAAAGCACAGAAAGAACUGGAUGCGCUCAUAGCAAAUGGUGCCAAACUACCAUCACGAGUUAUGAAAGAGCUUGUGAAUGGUGAACCUAUAGCGUGGCGCUACGGGGCUCCGGAAUAUGUGCUUACAGAUUUGGCAUAUGUGAAAGGUCGCAUGCGCGAGUCGGGCACCACACCUCUUGCCUCAUACGUGGAAGAGCGCUGCCAGACGUUUAUUAUGGAGGCGACACAUAAGGCUCGCUACGAUCAAUGGCAAAGCGUGUGCCAGGAGACCUUUUAUUUGCAGGUAAAUGAUGAAGCAAGGGUUCCUGGUGGAUCAAUUUUCGAGAAUGAUAUGCUUGGCUUAUUGUAUCUUGGAAAUGUUAUUAAAGCGAGUGUAAGUGCUGAUUAUGAAGACCGAAACGAAAGCCAAGAUCCCCGUGCGGAGCUAGCAGAGGCCUUCCCUGACGGCUUUCCCAUGGAAGUUUUGGAUGUUUUUACCGAGCCGCCCCGAUGCUACUUUUCAUGGCGUCAAUGGGGUCUGUUUACAGGCAAAUAUCGAGGUGUAAAGGGCGAUGGAUCAAAGGUUGAGAUUCGCGGCUUUGCCGAAAUGAUGCUCGAUGCUAGCCGGAUACGUAGUUUAAGACUCUUUUUCAGGCAAAGAGAUCUGUUUGAUGGUCUUCAACAGGCCACAGACCGUGUUAUACCCACUCGGGGACGACGAGAAAGUGCUGCAACUUCAUUUUUGUCAUCAACUGACGCUGUGUCAGGGCGAGCGACCCGUACCGCAUCAAUUACUGUUGCGCCUGUGAUGUACAAUGGAUCCACGCCGAAUUCAAAAACCAGUGACAUUAUCGAAAGCCUGGCCAACUUUACGCUAAGGCAAAAGAGCAUUACCGGGAGCAGACAUGAUGAAUAG